CCACUGUGUAUUCAGGGGUUAUCGAUCUGCGAUAUGAGGGAAAAGAAGACGUGUUUAAGCUUCCUCUGAUACUUAUUCAGUCUUUUUAAGUAUAGAAGACAUAACUCUGUCUUCAUUUGUAUUUUAGUCAGUGAAAAUAAACAUCUGUUGACUACUUUGGGGGGUUACAUUUCCAGUACACCCCCGUAGGCUACGUUUUGGUACAGUCCAGGGAUCCAGCAGAUCCAAGAUGGCGGACUAAGCAGCGCCGUGCAGAAGUUCACUUUAAACUCCAAACCCUGAAGCCUGUUGUCCCCCUCUUCGCUUCGUGGACUACUAUCUAAUGAGAACGGUACCUGGUGAGUCCUGAAUCCCUGACAGAAGUCUUUCGGAUCCUUCUCUGAAGUUUUUCUGAUCUGCAGUGUUUUCGAGGUGUCUUUUUCUGGGAUGUCGACACCAGGUGGCCAGACGGGGUUCAGCCCCAAAGCCCAGGCCACCAGAACCGAAACUCCCACCAAUGAGGGACUACACAGCCACCAGCAAAUAGACCCGUCCACGUGUAGAGACGCCAACAACAGAGCCGCGUGAGGGAGGACGCCCGCCGAGCAGCUCAGGCUGAACUUCGGACCUCGUUUUAAGGGCCCAGCUGGUCCUCACUAAGAGAUCACCUGUGUUGGUGCUUUUAUUCAACCAACUCCUCCCUUUCCAGUCUCUUGAUAUUUAACAUUUCAGCUGUUAAAACAUCCCCAUCCCUCCCUCUGUCCGUCCUCUUCUCUGUCCCCUACAGAGCUAUCAGUCGAGCGCAGGUAAUGGACAAUGCUGGCCAUGGUGACCUAGUGUAAAUGGCUAUUCCUCAGCAAAGCUCAGUGCCAGCAUCUACUGCUCAGUUUUCCGCCUCCACUCCCCCCUCCUCCUCUCUGCCUUCCCUUCCUGUUCACCGCUGCUGCUGCUUGCUGCCCGGUCUCGCCUCUCCCCUACAACACCAUGGUAGGCGCAGGCUUGGGUGUGUGGAAGCUAAUGAGAGGUGUCCGCCAGCUGGAGCUUCACCGCCUCAUCCUGGCUCUCAUCAUCUUCUGCUUGCUGUCCAUGGCCUUCCUAGCUUACUAUGUCUCCAACAGCCCAAAGAUCAAGGAGGCCCCUCCUCUACCCUUCAGUGACUGCGGUGGCGGAGGGGGGAUGUCACUGGGAGCGAGUACUGGGGCCGACGGAGGAGGGCCAGGUGUGCAGAGGGCCCCGCUGUUCCUCCCCCCACGCCAGGGACGACUACGACAGGUGAAAGCAAUGGACAAUUCCAGGACGCAGCCUGUGGUCCUGGUGUUUGUAGAGAGUAUCUACUCCCAGCUGGGCCAGGAGAUCGUAGCCAUAUUAGAAUCUAGCCGCUUCCGCUACCGGACUGAGAUCGCUCCUGGUAAAGGUGACAUGCCCACAUUGACAGAGCACAACCGGGGACGCUACACACUCAUCAUCUAUGAAAACGUGUUGAAAUACGUCAACCUGGACGCGUGGAACCGAGACUUGCUGGACAAGUACUGUGCAGAGUACGGAGUCGGGGUCAUUGGUUUCUUCAAAGCUAAUGAGAACUCUCUUCUCAGCGCUCAGCUCAAAGGUUUCCCCCUCUUUCUUCACUCACACCUGGGACUCAGGGACUACCACAUCAACCCCAACGCCCCCCUCCUCUACAUCACAAAGCCCAACCAGGUAGAGCAGGGCCCUUUACCUGGGGACGACUGGACCGUUUUCCAGUCCAACCACUCUACCUAUGAACCAGUACUUUUAGCUAGCACAAAGUCCUCAGAGGCUCUGGCCCACUUUGGUCCUGGCUCUUUGCGGACCAUGCAUGCCACGGUGGUCCAGGACUUAGGCCUCCAUGAUGGAAUUCAAAGGGUUCUCUUUGGGAACAAUCUCAACUAUUGGCUACACAAGUUGGUGUUUGUUGACGCCAUUGCGUACCUGACAGGGAAGAGGCUGUGUCUGUCCUUGGACCGCCACAUACUCGUGGAUAUCGAUGACAUCUUUGUUGGCAAGGAGGGAACCCGCAUGAAGGUGUCUGAUGUGGAGGCUUUACUCAAUACUCAGAACAAGCUGCGAGUGUUGGUCCCUAAUUUCACCUUCAAUCUUGGAUUCUCUGGAAAGUUCUACCACACAGGGACUGAUGAGGAGGAUCGGGGAGAUGACAUGCUGCUUCAACACAGGAUGGACUUCUGGUGGUUUCCUCACAUGUGGAGCCACAUGCAACCUCACCUCUUUCACAAUGUCAGCGUUUUGGCUGAGCAGAUGAGGCUAAACAAGAUCUUUGCUCAGGAGCAUGGCAUCCCAACAGAUAUGGGCUACGCAGUGGCCCCGCACCACUCCGGAGUCUACCCGGUGCACAGCCAGCUGUACGAGGCCUGGAAGUCCGUGUGGGGCAUCAAGGUGACCAGCACGGAAGAAUACCCACAUCUGAGGCCGGCUCGAUACCGCCGGGGCUUCAUCCACAACGGGAUCCAGGUGUUGCCCCGGCAGACUUGUGGUCUCUUCACCCACACCAUCUUCUACAACGAAUAUCCAGGAGGCUCCAAGGAGCUCGACAAGAGCAUCAGAGGAGGAGAACUCUUCCUCACUGUUCUUCUGAACCCUAUCAGCAUCUUUAUGACCCACCUCUCAAACUACGGCAACGACCGGCUGGGUCUAUACACCUUUGAGUCUCUGGUGAAGUUUGUCCAGUGCUGGACCAACCUCAAGCUGCAAACGCUGCCCCCCGUCCAGCUUGCUGACAAAUACUUUCAGAUCUUCCCCGAGGAGAGAGACCCCCUUUGGCAGAACCCCUGUCACGACAAGAGACACAAAGACAUCUGGUCAAAAGAGAAGACCUGCGACCGGCUGCCAAGGUUCCUCGUCAUUGGACCACAAAAAACAGGCACUACAGCGCUUCAUUCAUUCCUGAGCCUCCACCCAGCAAUCACCAGCUCCUUCCCCAGCGCCACCACCUUUGAGGAGAUCCAGUUCUUCAGUGGAGCCAACUAUGACAAUGGGAUUGACUGGUACAUGGACUUCUUCCCAUUCCCCUCCAAUGUCAGCACAGACUUCAUGUUUGAAAAGAGUGCCAAUUACUUCGACACAGAGGUUGCUCCAAAAAGAUCCGCUGCACUGCUCCCCAGAGCCAAAAUCCUGGCAGUGCUCAUCAACCCAUCUGACCGGGCUUAUUCCUGGUACCAGCACCAGAGGGCCCACCAGGACCCUGCAGCCCUCAACAACACCUUCCAUGCAGUGGUGACAGCAGGCCUCUCAGCCCCCAGGGAUCUGCUGGUUCUUCAGAGACGCUGCCUUAACCCUGGGGUCUACACCACUCACCUUGAGCGGUGGCUUCAACAUUACCAGCCCAGCCAGCUGCACAUCGUGGACGGAGCCCUGCUGAGAUCCAACCCUGCACUGGUGAUGGAGGGAAUCCAGAGAUUUCUCGGUGUCACUCCGAUCUUCAACUACACCCAGGCUCUAAUGUACGAUGACAGCAAAGGCUUCUGGUGUCAGCGGGUCGAAGGAGGUCGAGCCAAAUGUCUGGGGAAGAGUAAAGGCAGGAAGUACCCUGAGAUGAGUUCAGAGUCCCGUGGCUUUCUGGCGGAGUACUUCCAUGAGAGCAACAAGGAGCUUCUGCAUCUGCUGAAUCGGUUGGGUCAACCGCUGCCGUCCUGGCUCCGCCAAGAACUCCAAAGUACAAGCUGGAGCUGAGGUCACCUGCCCAUACACACACACACGCAGACAGAUCAUCACACCACAGAAAAGCUCGGACUGAAGUCUGUGGAUGAGCCCACAUAUGGCUCUGGAUUAUACCGGACUACCUGGUCUGUCAGCCAGCAGCAGGAAACAAGAAAGAAGCUUCACGGGUUCCUCGGGAGGGACUUCUGCUCCUGUCUCUCCAUCAGUGUCGGGGACUAAUACAUGAACUCCCAUGAGUACCGGGACACCCUCAGCCCCAGACACCAGUGUAGGACAGGGGGCCCACAUCAGUUGGCUGUGGAUCUGGAGGACAGGAAGUCUUAAAGCAAGGAGAGAAACCCGCAGGAUGAGAGUGUGUGGAUGUAAGCAGAUACAGGACUGACGCACACACACACACACACACACACACACAUCUCAUCUCUCCACAUGAUGACUGCAGAGAAGUCCACUUGAUAAUCAGUUGUAUAUAUUGGUUGAGGGGUGGAUGGGAAAUAGAAUGUCCGGCAGACGCUUCAGACAGACAGUCCACAUCCUGGUCCAGAGCUCAGACGCAGUCCGGGUGUCACUUCUUGUCCUCACAGAUUUCAGUCAGUCGGUGAUCGAGGUUUUAACAGAACGAGAGGUCCGUGUAAAUACCAUGUGGUCAUGUUGGGGAUGUGACUGAAGCCGGGUCGUGGUCCAAGCUUGACCUGAACCAAGAUCCUGUCAGAGAGCAGCUCGACUUCACUUCAUUCACUGAGACUGAACCUAACGUAACAUUUUACACUGCUUCUAUAUUUGCUUUUAAACUACAUAGCAUAGUUUUUUGAAUUUGAAACCCCCAUAUUUUGAUAGAUGGAGUUCACCACACAUCGUCCUUUUGAACGAAGCAUGGGAACCUUCAGUUAUUGAGCGACCUCGAGGUGUGACGGUGAACGAGACGAGAUUAAAGACAACUGAACACACUAACUCGAGUAGUGUGGCUGAAAUUCUUAAGAGACUUAGUGAUAAGAACCAUUUUUAUGAAUGAAAAAGGUUCUUAUUAAAUAUAUACAUAUAUCAAUGUGUGUUUUAUAAAGAUGGUACAAUCUUAUGAGACAGAUUUAAAUUUUAAAAAUUGGUGAAAGUGAGACAUCCUGAUACCCUCAGUGGGGAUAAAUCAGCGUAUCUCUCCUACCAUAUCCGUGUCUGAUCAGUCUUCACCGGUUGCGUUUUUGGAACACAUUAGGAGCACGACUGCCGGACAGCUGGAGUCAUGUGACCGAGGUUUUCCCGCAGUAAUCCCUGAAUCAAGGAUUCUCCUCCUCCUCUCCUUAUCCAUGUUGUCUUUCUGGUCCUCUGAAAACCUCUGACCUGUUGACUCCAGGCCUGGCUCCGCUCAUCAUGACUUUGGUUUGUUGUUGUAGUUAAGUGAAAUACGAUCUGGUGAUAACACAGAGUGUUUUAUUCUGAAAAUUAACCGGAUGUUUUCAUUUUGUUUUGGUGAAACCUGACUUCCUGUCCCGCUCCAUCUGCUCUGUUGAGAUUGAUGCGUCGUGCUCCGGCAUCCGGCAGAAAUAGAAGUUUUGUGUAUCUGAUCCAGAGGGCUCCGACCUGGAGGAUCAGAGACGCAGCCGGACCGCAACGAAGCGGAUCCAGUGGAAGUUAACACAUUGACUAGAAUAGAAACCUAUCACCUGCUGUGACGGAUCGGAGACUGACCAGACACAGAUCUGUUGGAAUUUGGCCAUUGAGGGACAUUUCAUACACUUGUCAGAGUUCCUCCUAAAGCCUUAAAGCCUUCACACACGAGACUGAACCCGACUAGAAACUGUAAAAGAUGUCAUAUUAAGGUUCAGACUGAAAGAGUUCCCUUCACAGCAGUGAUAAAUAAGUAAGCAGCUUGUUCCCGUCCCCCGACCCUGACACGAUGACGAGGACCGCCUCGGACCAGAGCUAUUAAAAACCCAACGUGCAUUGUGUUUGACUGUGAACGAGGGAUGACCACCAAAGAAAAGAAAAAAGAUAAUCAAGUCCGUCUUCUUCAGUAAAGCCCACGUUGAAUACACUACACCCCACACCCCACACCCCACACUCACAUAUAUGUCUGAGGACAACCGUGGACACCGGAGCCAGUGAAGAGACGAUCAAAAGCUGCUGUCUUGUUUUGUUUGUUUUGUAUAAAUGUCAAAAGGCCAACACUGUAUCAUCUCUAAUAAAAGCAAAGAGAGGUUGGAAAUCAA